UUGCCAUUGCAACAGCUGACUUUUGUUAUGGUGUCAGGCCUUUACUUGCAUAACCAAAUACUUGAUUUUCAAUCGGCAUCAGGGAAAAUAUGAAUUCUAUUUUUAGAAAUGUGUUAUACGCUCGCAGUCCCUUAGCAGCCUUUCGCUGCCUGGCCACAGAUGCCUCCGCGGCCAUAACCAAACCAGAAACAUCAACUAACCCGGUAUUAUCAGAAGAAAAGGAUAAAUUGUACAGCAAAUUAGAAAUUGAAUUGAGGGGAAUUGAUCCUGCCGUUUUGAAAAGUUAUUCAUGGUUUGCUACAACUGCUGCUAAUCAUUUGGGUAUUGAGGUGGGAAAUUGUUGGGCUCCACGUAAAGCACACAAGGAACGCAUGACUCUUUUAAAAUCUGUGCAUAUUUACAAAAAACAUCGAGUUCAAUAUGAAAUUCGUACAUACUUCCGCCACAUGAACUUCCACAAACUGACAGGAUCAACUUUGGAUACAUUCUUGGAAUAUAUUGAACGAAAUCUGCCAGAAGGUGUGGCGCUCAAUGCUACUAAAACCGAAAUACAAGCAAUGCCAGAACAUUUGAAAGAAGCACCAAGUGAAAAUUAAAGUAUUCUUAAUUCAUUAAAAUUUUUUAUGUAUGUCAAUAAAAAAAAUGUUGAUUAAUAAAUGAAAUCUUUAACAUGAUAGAAUGUAAA